GAUUGGCGGCGCGCGCUUGGAAUAUAAGUGGAGGCACCGGGUAGGUCGGCAACACUGACUUAGCCGGCUGCUCGAGCGAGAGGGGCCAUGGCUCCUCUCUUGACCUUCGUUUUCGUCGGUCUGCUUUCUCUCUCUGGCCUGCAUGCCGUCCAGCAUGCUCCAAAAAUUCAGGUUUACUCACGUCACCCAGCAGAGAAUGGAAAGCCAAAUUUCCUGAACUGCUACGUGUCAGGGUUCCACCCACCAGAAAUUGAAAUUGAUUUGCUGAAGAAUGGAGAGAAGAUGAAGGCAGAACAGUCAGACCUGUCUUUCAGCAAGGACUGGACUUUCUAUCUUCUGGUCCACACUGAAUUCACUCCCAAUGGACAGGAUGAAUUUAGCUGCCGUGUAAAGCAUGUUACUCUCAGUGAGCCCCAGAUCAUUAAGUGGGAGCGAGACAACUAACCAGCAUCAUGGAGGCUUGAAGAUGGUGCAUUAAGAUUGAACUAAUCCCUUAAUGUAUUCUUUGUAAUGCUGAUAUGCCUUUAUGCUUUAUGCAUACAAAUCAUAAAGUUAUACUCAUGAUGAUACAAAUAUAAUCUACUUGCUAAUUUUACAUUGGUAAUUGUGUCGCCAUAUUUGACCUGUCUGGGCAGGUAGCUGUAGUUGCGGGCCUGGAAGCUUAGAGGUGGGGAGGGCAGAAUUCUCAUGUUCACUAUCAAUAUCUUGGUCAGACCUGAACUGUUCAGUCUAUUCACACAGAACUGGAUAAGAAGGUAGUUAUGCAUGUUUAGAGUUAAUUUCCAAUUUGCAUACUUUGUUUAGAAUUGGGAAAUUUUUUGAAGGAUAAUUGUCAAAUUAUUGGAAAUUUGUUAACAGUGGAUAAGACACUCAUAUAAAAUUCAUAUUCAUCUCUCAGAAACAUUGUUGCACAUGAUUUGACUUAUGUUAAUUUUGUUUCAAUAAUUAAAACAAUGGUGAAAUUUGA